AUGGACCUGAUCUCGCCCAAGAUCAAGCAGGCAUACUUCAAUAAAUCACACUUCAUGGCCAACGAUGAACACGCUGAGAUGGCAACGCAGUUUAAAUUGUCUAGCGGUGAACAUGCUGUAGUUGUCUUUGCUGAGCUAGGGAGGGCCAAGGGCAGACGGACCGUUCAUCGCGCGCACUUCAUACAAGAACUGCUUGAAGAAGGUGUGGUUCCGCAUCAUCGCGUUCACUUCAACAAGCGGACCAGUGAAAUGGAGGAAGAUCCCAUCACACGGAAGCCACUGUUUCAUUCGAAGAUGGCACUCAAGAUAUCUUUGACAUUGUUUUCGGCGCGGAAGGUAUCAACAGCCCGACUUGCAAGUUUGUCCUCGGGCCUGAUCAUCCGAGCGCCUCUCCGGUCAACCACGACCAAUGGCGUCAGUUCCACACCAUCGUCCCUAUAG